AUGAAGGCCGUGGUUGUUCUCUUUAUUGCCUCUUUACUGAUCCUGGGAACUUGCCAGGCACAUGCACAAACUUUCCCUAUGAAAAAUCGUCACCUUUUAAGCGAUAUAAAUGGAAAGCGUGUUGCAGCAAACAAAGGAUAUUCUCAAGGAACAGAACGAAGUACUAAAAUGAACCUCGACUCGAGCAAAAGAGUUAAAACCGAGGCUCAUAAUGACGAUGAUGAUGACGAUACAAGUUCUGGAUCAGAUAAUCAUCGCUAUUUCCCAGACCAGGAUAGACCUACUCGCAGCCCGCCGCGUCACCAGCUUUAG